AUGGGUAUUACAGGCAAGUCUGACGUUCCCAGAGAACGUGCGCUAACGUCUCAAGACCCCAACGCCCCGAAGGAGUCUCUUGGACAGCAGAUCAAGGACAAGCUCCACAUCGGUGACAAGCACCACACCAACACUGGCGCCGGCCACGAGGGCAUCACCUCCGCCCACUCCGGCCCCGGCGCCGCGGGCGCUGGCGGCGUUCACCCCUCCACCACUGGUGCUGGAACCGCUACCGGCACAGGCGCUGGCUACGGCACCACCACCGGCACCACGGGCACCGGCUACGGCAACCCCCACGAGACCACGGGACAGAAGAUCUCCGAUGAAGCCUCUCGACUCAAGGGCGCCUCUUCGACGGGCACCGGCUUCGGCCAGAAGGGAGUAAAUGACCCAGGAUUCGAUGGUCGCUCCGGCUACCCUGGCGAGGGUGUUUCGGGUACCCACGGAACCCACGGCACCCACACCGGAACCGGCGUCGGCGGAGUCGGCACUGGCACCACUGGCACUUACGGCCACGAGACCACUGGCCAGAAGAUCUCCGACGAAGCUAGCCGCCUCAAGGGUACCUCUUCGACUGGUACGGGCUUCGGACAGAAGGGUGUGAAUGACCCAGGGUUCGACGGUCGCUCCGGUGUCCCCGGUCAGGGUGUCGGUGGCACUCACACUGGCACUCACACCGGCACUGGCGUUGGCGGUGUCGGCGGUACCACUGGCACCUACGGCCGCGAGACCACCGGCCAGAAGAUCUCCGACGAGGCUUCAAGGCUUCAGGGCCACUCCAGCACUGGCACUGGUCUCGGACAGAAGGGAAUUAACGACCCGGGCUUCGAUGGACGCUCCGGAGUUCCGGGACAGGGUGUUACUGGCACCCACUCCCACACCGGCACUGGCGCCGCCCUCGGCGCGGGCGCUGGUGCCGCCGGCGGCUACGCUGCCGGCCACCACGGCACUACUGGCACUACUGGCACUUACGGCCACGAGUCUACUGGCCAGAAGCUCUCUGACGAGGCCUCGCGACUUAAGGGUACCUCGUCAACUGGUACAGGAUUCGGCCAGAAGGGAGUCAACGACCCCGGCUUUGAUGGGCGCAGCGGCGUCCCGGGCCAGGGAGUUGGUGGCACCCACACCGGAACUGGCGUCACUGGCACCCACGGCACCCACACUGGCACCGGCGUCGGCGGUGUAACCGGCACCCACGGCACCACCACCGGCUACGGCCACGAGACCACUGGUCAGAAGAUCUCUGAUGAGGCUUCGCGCCUCCAGGGCCGCGGUGCGACCGGCACUGGCAUCGGCCAGAAGGGAAUCAACGACCCUGGAUUCGACGGCCGCUCGGGCGUCCCCGGCCAGACCGCUACUGGUCACUCUCACACUGGAACUGGUGCUGCCCUCGGCGCUGGCACCGGUGCCGCCGCUGGCUACGCUGCCGGCCACCACGGCACCCACGGCACCACUGGAACCACCGGUGCCUACGGCCACGAGUCUACCGGCCAGAAGAUCUCUGAUGAGGCCAGCCGUCUUGGCGGCAAGUCCUCGACUGGUACCGGAUACGGCCAGAAGGGAAUCAACGACCCCGGAUUUGACGGACGCUCCGGCGUUCCCGGACAGGGCGUUGGCGGUACUCACACUGGUACCGGCGUCGGAGGUGUGACCGGCACCCACGGCACCCACACUGGCGUUGGCGGCACUGGCUACGGCCACGAGACCACCGGCCAGAAGAUCCAGGACGAGAAGUCCCGCCUCGGCGGUGUUGGUUCGACCGGCACCCCCGUCGGCCAGCAGGGCCUCGGAACCGGCCCCGGUGUCUCUGGCGCUGACACUCGCCACGGCUCGCACCUUGGCCGCGACGCCGCUCUUGGCGCCGGCGCUGGUGGCGCCACUGGCGCUGCCCUCGGCCACCACGGCACUCACCACGGCACCACCACCGGCACCGGUGUUGGUGGCACUGGCACCGGCUACGGUCACGAGACCGCUGGCCAGAAGCUCGACGACGAGAAGUCCCGCCUCGGCGGUAAGAGCACGACCGGCACUUCGGUCGGCCAGAAGGGCGUCGGCGCCGGUCCCGGCGUGACUGGCUCGACCGGUCCCGGCGGCGGUGCUGGUGUCGCCUCUGGCGACGUCCACCACGUCCGUGGCGCCGACGAGGAGCCCUCCAACCGCGACAUUGCCCCUCCUCCUACCUCGACUACCGAGGCUACCAUUGAGGGCGGCGGUGAGAUGCGCGACUCGGCCAUGAUCGGCUCGCAGAUGAUCAAGGAGGCUGAGGGUCGCCCCGUUACCGACCCCGCCUACAGCGGUCCCCCUCGCUCGACUGAGGGCGGCCACGGCGCCGGCACCACCACCGGAGGCAACCCCGGCACUGUCGGCUCGGGUGUCCACGGCUCGGGCCAGGCCUCGCGCCUCGGCGGCACCGAGUCCACCGGCACCCCUGUUGGUCAGAAGGGCAUCCCCGGUGCUGGCACCACCGGCCACCACGACUCCCACGUCGGCCGCGACGCUGCCCUCGGCACCGGCGCUGGCCCUGCCACCGGUGCUGCUCUUGGCCACCACGGCUCGCACCACGGUACCACUGGCACCACUGGAACCGGCUAUGGCCACGAGACUACCGGCCAGAAGAUCUCUGAUGAGGCUUCCCGUCUUGGUGGAAAGUCUUCGACUGGCACCGGUAUUGGCCAGAAGGGAGUUAACGACCCCGGAUUUGACGGCCGCUCGGGCGUCCCCGGCCAGGGUGUUGGUGGAACCCACACUGGAACCACUGGCACCUACGGUUCCGGAGUCGGCCACGACUCUCACCUCGGCCGCGACGCCGCUCUCGGCACUGGUGCUGGCGCCGCUACCGGCGCUGCUCUCGGCCACCACGGCACCACUGGUCAGAAGAUCUCGGACGAGGCCUCUAGGCUCCAGGGCCACGGCACCUCGGGCACGGGCUACGGCUCCAAGGGAGUCAACGACCCCGGAUUCGACGGCCGCUCCGGCGUUCCCGGACAGGGCGUCGGCGGCACCCACGGCACCACCGGCUACAACCAGGGCGUGACUGGCCAGCACUCGCACGCUGGUCGUGACGCCCUCGCUGGCGGCGCUCUUGGCGCCGGCACUGGCGCCGCUGCCGGCCACCACCUUGGCGGCCACCGUGACGGUCAGUCGACCUACACUUCCGACACCUACGGCGGCGCCGACAGCUACGGCACCACCGGCGGCCAGGCUUCGCGCCUCGGCGGCGUCGAGUCGACCGGCACCCCCCUCGGCCAGAAGGGCGUUGCUGGUGCUGGCGUCGGUGGCGUCGGCCACACCGGCCACCACGGUACCCACGGCACUGGUGUCGGCGGCACCCACACCGCCGGCGGCGCCUACGGCGAGACCCCCAUGCAGAAGUUCGCCGACGAGGCGAGCAGGCUGCAGGGCAAGUCCUCGACUGGUACCGGUAUCGGCCACAAGGGAGUGAAUGACCCCGGCUUCGACGGCCGCUCUGGCUACCCCGGUGAGGGCGUCGGUGGCACCCACGGCCACCACACUGGCACCGGUGCCGCCCUCGGUGGCGGUGCUCUCGGUGCUGGUGCUGGCGCCGCUGCCGGCCACCACGGCCACCACACCGGCUCCGGCCUCCCUCCCAACACCGCCUACCGUCAGGAGGGUGCCUACGGCGAGAGCACCGGCGGCAAGCUCUCUGACGAGGCUAGCCGCCUCAAGGGCGCUUCCUCGACCGGCACCGGUUUCGGCCAGAAGGGUGUGAACGACCCGGGCUUCGACGGACGCCCCGGCGUUCCCGGACAGGGUGUCGGCACUGGUGCCCAUGCUGGAACUGGUACCGGUUACGGCGCGGGAGCCUACGGCUCGCACACCGGCACCGGCACCACUGGCUACAGCCACGAGACCACCGGCCAGAAGCUGUCUGACGAGGCCUCCAGGCUCCAGGGCCGCGGCGCGACCGGCACUGGUUUCGGCCAGAAGGGAGUCAAUGACCCAGGCUUUGACGGCCGUUCUGGUGUUCCCGGCCAGGGCGUCACCGGCGGUACUGGAGCCUACGGCUCUCACACUGGCACCGGCACCGGCACCGGUGUUGGUGGCACUACCGGCACGGGAGCGUACGGCUCGCACACUGGCGUCGGCGGCACUCGCGGCACUCACGACACGCACGGCGCCCACGGCGAGCAGAAGGAGGGCUUCAUGGCCAAGCUCGGCGACGAGGCCAGCCGUCUCCAGGGCAAGGGCUCGUCGGGAACCGGCUUCGGCCAGAAGGGAACCACCGACCCCGGAUUCAACGGUGUCCCCGGCGGCUACCCGCAGUAA